GACGCAGACGUGAUCAUUCAAUAACACAUCUGCGCACAAAUUUAAAGCCACAGACGGUUGCCGUACUACUGGUCUACUGAUGUGAAAGAAUAACACCAAAAUCAAAUUACUAAUUUAUCGCUUCUAGUCUCCUAACUCGGGAUUUAGUUGAGCUAUUUCCCAGGAUUUUAAAUACGCCGAUACGACUGGUCCAGUUUAUGCAGUUGGUUUACUGUUCGGAGGAAGCUUGGAGCUAACGUUAUUCGGAGGAAGCUUGGACCUAACGUUAACAAGCAAACUACAGCAGUACGAACCAGAGAGCAACUCAACACUAUGGGAAAUAUCUUCAGUAACAUCGGGAAAAACGCUGGUGCCACCCAUGCGGCUCAUACCAGAGCCGGGUUGGAGAAAUUUGGCGAAGAUCUCAAGCAUGUGGCGACGCAAUUACGCGACAGCCACCACACCGUUCACGGGUUGGACACGGUGGGUGCCCAGUUCGGUCAACAUCUGGCCAGGGCCGCGCAGGCCUUCCAGGACAUGCGACUCAGCACCACCGGUCUGGACACGGCGGGACGGGAUCUGGGACGUGAGUUCGGCCGUCACCUGGUGGAUGCUGCUGAUUUGCUCACCAAGCAUGGAAUAACGAUUUUCGGGUUAGAUGCAGUUGGCCGAGAACUGGGUGAAAGCUUUGGCCAGCGAUUGUUGGACGUGGCCAAGGUGAUCAAGGACGUUAAACUGAACAUCCAGGGAUUUGAGACGCUGGGCGUGGCGGAAUUCGGGCAGAGCGUGGACCGCGCGCUGUCGCAUGUGCGCGACAUGCAGAUGCACGUGGAUAUUGGACCGUAUGCUUUCCGAGCGAUGCUGCACGGGUACGACGUGGUCAUCUACGCCGUCCAGGUGGCGCUGCUCAUCGUCAUACUGAUCGGCUGGCAACUUGUGCGACAUGACGAAUUCUGGCCCGGAAUCCUUACGGCCGUUGGUGGACUGGCAUCGCUAGCCUAUACCACCGUUUGGAAGCCGCGAGCACUACCAAGUCUCAGCCGGAGAUUAAACAGUGCCAAACCGGUCACGGUCACAGAUCAUCCUCAAGAUUCAGUUGGUGCAACGAAACCGCUAAUGGCUCCAAAUGAAACAGCACACCCAUCUGUUCAAGAAGGCCAGCUAUGCUUAGCGCAUUCUAACAGCGCUCGGACUGGUCCUCAACCAAAAUAUUUUAUCGAUUUUGAAUUACCGUGUCCUGGACAUCGCUACGGAACCUGUACUGCACUGGACCGCGCAUGGUUUUGCGGCAUAUGCCGAUCCCGUCUUCAGUACGGGUAUGAUGAUAAACUGUACUGCCCAUGUGGGAGUGCCACGGCAAAAACGUACCGAUUCCGAUGCAACGAUCCCGUCCACGGAAGCACGAGUCUCCCAGUCGACCCGUUUGAAUUAAAUCGGAAGCUGCAAACCUACAAACCUCCAAAGGAAAUUAAUCUGCUCAUUUUAGGAGAAACCGGAGUGGGAAAAUCGACUUGGAUCAACGGUUUCAUUAAUUACCUAACCUUUGAUUCCUUCGCCAUCGCCGAGCAGGAAGGCCUGAUCUGCCUGAUACCCUCUUCGUUUACUAUGUCCGACGAAAACUACCAGCCCAAACAAAUCAGUAUGCGCUACAAUCCCGGAGGAACGCAGGUAGAGCAAAAGGCUAGCAGUGUUCCGAGCAGCACGGAAAAUGCUGAUGAUGCCACACAGUCGGCCACGCAGGAUCCUAAAACCUACGUCUUUCCCUACAAAGAUCGCAUCGUUCGCUUGAUCGACACACCCGGCAUCGGUGACACACGCGGCCUGGAUCAGGACCGCAAGAAUUUUGAGAAGAUCCUGGCGCAUAUCUCCCACGUCUCGGAGAUUCACGGGAUCUGCAUUCUUUUGAAGCCGAAUAAUGCCCGCUUGAAUUUAAUGUUUCAAUUCUGCGUACAGGAACUCCUGAUUCAUCUACACAAAGAUGCCUGCCGGAACAUGGUGUUUGUUUUUACAAAUUCCCGUUCUACACUGUACCGCCCGGGUGAUAGUCUGCCACCGCUGACCAAGCUCUUAGAACAGAGUCGAAACAUCAAUAUUCCUCUAAACAAAACCACCAUGUUCUGUAUGGAUAACGAGUCCGUGCGGUUUCUCGCCGCCCUACAAGCGGGGAUCCAGUUCAGCGACACGGAGCGGGAGAAUUACGCUAAAAGCUGGGAGAAAUCGGUGGAAGAGACGGGCCGUCUGAUGGAGCAUAUCAGCCGACUGGACGCGCACCAGACACACGCCACCAUCACGUUGAAUGAAGCACGGCGUUUAAUCCUGGAACUGACCAAACCCAUGGCGCAGAUCACCACAAUUCACAAAGUCAAUAUCGGCAAAAUGGCGGACAAACAGGCCGAACUGGCCGAGUGCAUUAAACGGAAGGACGUCCUCAUGGGUGAUCUCUACGUGACCAAGAGCCAGCUGGAGCUCGAAGAGAUCCCAUAUCCGCGAACUGUGUGCAUUGCGCAAAGCUGCAUCGAGAUGUGCCAAGAUGCCACCGGUCAGAAGCGGGCUAACUAUAAAACCUGGUGCCAUCCGCAUUGCUAUUUGAAAGACGUGCCAGCCGACACGGCCAAUCUUGAAGCCCUGCGGAAAUGUCAGGCAAUGAACGACCAAGGCAAAUGCAAUCAUUGUGGAUGCGGUUACGAGAAUCACAUGCAUGUUAAGUACGAAUGCCGGGUGGUGACCGUUCGCGUGAUUGACCAGAGCAUCGAAGGUCUGUUGGAUCAGAAGAACGGACAUAUUCUGGCGGCGGAAGAGGUCAUUCGUCAAUCGAAGGCUGAGGAGGCGGAUCUGAACAACGAGCUCGAUAUCAUAACCAGUAUCGCGUCAAAAUUUGCGCAUUUCCUCAAGGUCAACGCGAUGUCGGUGUACAAUGAUGCGCUGGACGAAUACUUGCGCCAGCUGAUUAAUCAGGAAAAGCAGAAGGUGGCCGCCGGUGGGGAUCGCGAAACUCUGGAUGCUUGUGAAGAGAUGUUGCAGCGCUACACACACGAGCGAAAUGUACUGGAGCAGGCUAUCAAAAGCACCAAUGCGUCAGCCCCCGAAUUCACGAUCACUUCGGUGCAGGAAGACGUGGAACGGUUGCAUGCCCUGCGGAUCAGCGGACCGUUGUUCCGCAAGAUGGAAUGGAUGGAACAACAGGCUGACCGUCAGCGCUUCACCUACAUGGAGACCGCGUAUCGCCCGCGGAAGGUCGAUCGCAUUCGCUACGUGCCGUUGGUACGCGAACCGCCGCCAUCACCACCGCCUAAUAUGUGGCAGCGUGUAUGGGAUAGACGACCCUGGAAGAAACAUCCCCGAAUGUGACCCUCUCUCUCUAAACUGAAAAGCUCAGAAAGCCAUCGCCCAUUAUAUUUUGGCACUGGACUAAACAUGUCAUAAGAACGGAAAGAAUUAAUGAAAUAUAAAAUUUAUGGCAUGCUUUUCUUUACACAGAUAACUAGAUAAUUGCGAGGAAUCGGGAUUUAAAUUUUUGCAAUUACACACGUUUUGCAUUACCUAAAUAAAAGUCGUCUUCGG